AUGUUUUAUUGGUCAGUUUUUAUUUUUGUUGGAAAACUAGCAUUUAGAAAAUCUAGGCUAGCUGAAUCGGAAAACAAUGUGACAACUGAUCCUCUAAUAUUUUGGUUCAAUGGUGGUCCUGGAUGUUCCAGUUCAAUUGGAUUAUUUUUCAAUGGUCCUUUGAAAUUGGAAAAAGAAUUGAGUAAAAGGAAACAUGUUUUAUCAAAACUUGGAUCAGUUGUAUAUAUUGACACACCAAGUCCAGUUGGAUUUUCAUAUUCUACUGAUAAAUCUGAUCCAACUGAUGAUCAAAUGACUGUUGAAGAUAAUUAUAAAGCUGUCAAAUUAUUUUUAGAGGUGGGUUUUCGCUUUGACACAGUCAGGUAUUACAGAGUUUGCCUGCAGUUUUGAAAAACACAAGAGCAUUUUUGAUCUACCUAGAAUUCUAUUUUUUUCAGGAAUAUCCCAAAUUCCGGAAUCACGAAGUUAUUAUAACCGGAUAUUCUUAUGCUGGAAUCUAUAUUCCGAUGUUAGCUGGACAAAUUAUUGAUAACAAGAAGGAUUUCAAUAUUAAUUUAACGGUUAAUAAUUUCUUGAAUGUUCACAAUUGAAAAAUAUUUUCAGAAAAUAAUUCUCGGCGCCCCAUUUUUGAGCGACGAGUUGAAUUUAAAAGCCCGUCUAGAAUUCAGUUAUGCACACGGUUUUAUUGACGAAGAAGUUUAUCGAAAUUUACUCAAAAAAUGCUGUGAUAAUAAAACAUUAGAAGACUGUGAUUCACAAAAAAAUGACAAUGAAUGUGAGGAUUUCAAUGAAUAUACACGUAAUCUUCCUCAUCCUGAAAUUGAACUUUAUGACGUCAAUAGAAAAUGUGAAAACAUGGAAAUACAUGAAGAUCCAGAAAACGAUCCGAAAUCGUGUACAUUUUCAGGGAAAGCUAAAUUUGAAAAUUAUUUGAAUCGAAAAGAUACAAGAGAAAUAUUGCGAAUUCCUGAAAAAGCUGGGAAAUGGCAACUUUGUCAACCGCUGGAAAAUUAUAGAUCGAGAAAGAUUGAAAUGGUCGAAUAUAUCAAAAAAGCGAUGAGAAAUGAUGUUAAAAUUGUGCUAUUUUAUGGUGAUGCGGAUUUCGUUUGUCCCUUUUCAGAAGGACAAAAAGUUGUGGAAAGAUUAGGAAUUGAGGUAAGCUUUUUUUGUUGUUGAAAGUGAUAUUUUCAGUUUUCAGGAAAUUGGAAAUGGACUAAUAUCAACUAAAGAUCAAAGAAUCAUUGGGAAAUACACAUCAUACAAAAAUCUGGAUUUUUUAGUUUUCAAAAAUGUUGGACACUCACUAGGAGUUCUAUAUCCAGAAAUUGAAUUUGAACUUCAUCGAAAAUUUUUCAAUGAUCAGAAGUUGGAUGUUUUAUGAUAAUGAAAUUUUAAUUGGAUUCAUUUUUGAAACAAAAAAACACUUUUUUCAGCAGAUCUCUUAUUAUUUUUUAAGGAAAGUUCAACACAUGUUUCCAAAGUUCAUUUUCUCAAGCUGAAAAAAAACAAAUGACUCUUGGUUUUUCAUUUUUCAAGCAAAAUGUUGCAAAAAUUGUUCCUCUUUUUUGUUCUAGAAAUUUCUAGCCAUGAAAUUUUCAAGUUACCCGGUCAGAAUUUCACAUUUGAUUCAAGGCAGUUUGCAGGAUUUUUAAAUGUGACAAAUUCUAGAAGAAUGUUUUAUUGGUCAGUUUUCAUUUUCUUUGAAGCUUCGGAGCAUUUAGAUAAUCUAGGCUAGCUGAAUCGGAAAACAAUGUGACAACAGAUCCUAUGUGACAACAGAGAAUAUCAAUGUGACAACAGAGAAUAUUUUGGUUCAAUGGUGGUCCCGGACGUUCAUCAUUAACUGGAUUAUUUUUGAAUGGCCCUUUUGAUUUGGAUUCGAAAGGAAGAGAAAUACGAAAGAAAAGUUUAUCUUUUACAAAACUCGGAUCAGUUGUAUAUAUCGAAUCACCAACUCCAGUUGGUUUCUCAUAUUCUACAAAAGACUCUCAUCCAGUUGAUGAUCAAGGGACUGCUGAUGAUUAUAAAGCUAUACUAUUAUUUUUAGAAGUGAGUUUUGUUUUGAAUAUUUAAAAUUAAAGUGAUAGCGAGUUUUUAGGAAUAUCCAAAAUUCAGGAAUCAUGAGAUCUUUUUGACGGGCGUUUCCUAUGCUGGAAUGUAUAUUCCGAUGUUGGUUAAGAAAAUUAUUGAAAGGAAUCAAAUUUUGAAUAUUAACUUGAAGGUUUGUGGAUUUACAGAACUACUAGUUAGAAUUCGAACACAUGAUCAGAAAUCAGAAUUCCGAAGAAAACUAAUUGAUCUUUUUCAGGGAAUCGCUAUUGGCGCAGCUUCUUUGUGUGACAAACUCAGUAUAAAAGCUCGCUUUGAAUACAGUUAUACACAUGGAUUUCUAGACGAAGAAAAAUAUCAAAAUAUUCUUCGAGGAUGUUGUGAAAACAAAAAUUUGGAUGAAUGCAAUAUCUACAACGCUAGAAAUAAACAUUGUGUAAAGCUCAAAAAUUAUGCAAAAAAUAUUGCUCAUUCUGAAAUCAAUAUCUACAACGUCAAUCAACAAUGUGUAAACCCAUGUAAAUCAAAACACAGAGACAAAAUAGCAGCUUAUUUGAAUCGUAAAGAAGUUCGAGAAACACUGAAAAUUCCCGAAGAAGCUGGGAAAUGGCAUUCUUGUGAUACUCUUGAUCCAUAUAUUGAUCGACUUUUUGAAAUGGAUGAAUAUGUCAAAAUUGCUAUGAGAAAUGAUGUGAGAGUUUUGCUAUUUUAUGGAGAUGCUGAUAUGGUUUGUCCUUUUAUGAUGGGUCAAAAAUUUGUGGAAAGAUUGGGAAUUGAAGUGAGUUUUUAAAGAUAUUUUCAUUUUCAAAAUGUGUUUUUCCAAUUUUUCAGGAAACUGGUAAUGGAUUUCUUACAACGAAAAAUAAACAAAUUAUUGGAAAAUACACCUCUUAUUAUAAUUUGGACUUCCUAGUUUUCAAAAAUGCGGGACAUAUAUUAGGAGACACUCAUCCUAAAAUAGAAUUUGAACUUCAUCGGAAAUUUUUCAGUAAUCAAAAAUUGAAUGUUUUUUGAAUAUGAAUUUUAUACAUUUUUUGCUGAUUCCCAUGGUCAGUUUGAAGAUAUUGCGAAAUCACGAAAAAAUUUCCGUUGCUAAAUUGAAGGCAGGCGGUGUGUUGUUUGAGAACAAUUUUUUCUUUCACACUUUUGUGAGAAUAGGUUUAAAGAUCUCUGUGUUUAACUUUAGACUUUUCAAAAAUGAAUGAAAGCUACUUUAAAAUUGAAUUGCAUGAUCUGAAACCGAUCCUCCAAAAAAUAUUUGGUUUUCGGAAAUUUUUUUUACUUAAAAAUUUUAAGACUUACUUCAAUCCAGAUGUUUUCCAGAAAAAACUUCAUAAUAUCCCUUCAAAUAACCGGUUUCCAUAUUCAUCAUAAAAUAGUCCUUCCGUAUUCCUUCUCUAUGAUUGUUUUCGCAUUUCCAGCAAACCAAAUUUCCAGACUCAAAAUGUGUCAAAUUGCUCCAUGUUGUCUGAAAUUUAUCAUUUAACCCCCUUAUUUUUUGAAUUUCCAAACGAGAAUGCAUAAAAAAUCAAACUUGAUAGAAAAUCGAGCAAAAUUCGAAUACACAAAAAAAUGAAUCUUGCGAAAACCGUUCUGUUAAAAAACAGGCAAGCGGAGUGUUGUUUGUGUUUUUCGAAACAUUUCACAUAAAUAUUCUUUGUUUGGUAGACGAGGACCAAUUUUUUCUUGUUUUUCACUUGUUUUACUACUUUUUCAAAAUUUUUUUUGUAGAGCCGAUUUGAAUUUCUGGAUUUAGGAAAUUUUUUUGAACUGGAGACAAUUGUUAUAAUUUUUUUCGUAUUUUACAGUGAAAAUUAGAUAAAUUCUAAGAAAAUCUCUGGUUUUGUUUGGAAAGAUUAUUUCCUAAUUCUGAAAAUAAAAUUUUCAAAAAAGGAAAGGUUUUUUGUGCCUAGUGAGACGCUGAAAUAUAGUUUUUUAUUAAUUGUUAACUUCAUUCAAACAUAAAAAGCUCAAACACCUGCCUUUUACAUUUUUGAACAAAAGACGCGCAAAUUUGAAUGUCACUCAUUAAAUUUUUUUCGAACAAAAAAAUUAGAUGUCUCAUUAGUCUCAUGUUUCAUAAUUAGCUUUAUUCUUUAUUGAAAAAAUAUAAUUUCUAACAAAUCCACCUAAAAAUUGAAUUUUUUUUAUUUUUCUUCAUUUUUAUUCUUUUCUCAAAAAAAAAAGUUGUUUUUUGAAUAUCAUUACACAGAUAAUUGUUUAUACAAGAAAACGUUCACCAUUCCUCAUAUCAUAUUUCUCUGGUAGAAAAAAACGAGCAGACAAAAAUAUUAGUCAUCAUCCUUCCCCUUUUUUACACCAUUCUAUUCAUUUUUUUUCUUGGUCAUUUGCCACCGAUUUAUAUGAUAUAUUGCGAAAUGCAUGGUUUUUUGGCCUAAAUUUUUUUGAUUUUGCGAUUUUUAUGUAGGAUUUUCGAUAGGGAAUUUAUGCAUUUUGUCCUGGUUUUCAGAAAAUUUAGAAACAUCGAAAUUUUUAACGUAAAUUUAUAAUUUUGUUUUGUUUAAAAAAUUGUAUGCUUCAUUUUCUUCACAAAUUUCAUGAUAAAUUGGUCUGAAAAUAUUUUAGAAAACUUUUCAUUUAAAAGAUUCAAAUUAAUUUUUUUGUUCAUAUUUUUUCAAAUUUUAUUUAUCAAUUAUUGUUUAUAUUUAUUUUUGAGCUCUCUUUUUUUCUUUGAAUUACUUGUACUUUUUCUGGAAAAGAAAAGGAAAAUUCGCGGUGCGAUCAAGAAAAUUCAGAAUCAAAAUAAAUUCUGAAUUUUUUAACCUUUAAGUAUUAUAUCAAUCGAUUAUUCUUCUGUGUAUGUGUGCGUACUUUUUUUUAAAUUUAUUUUUUUUUCAAUUUUUCUUAUGUUUUUCAUAAUUUUCUUUCACGGCAUGCUUUAUUACGUAUGAAAACGGAAGUAAAAAAUUAAAAUACGGAAGAUACGGAAGAUAAAAAUAUAUUUUUAAAAUUGAAGGAAGUUUCAAAUUUCGGAAUUGGAAACGUCGAUUUUGCACAAUAAAAUUAAAGAACGAUCAAUUUGAAGAUGAAUCGCAUGAUCAAUAGGAAAGUUUCGAACAAUUGGGAAAGGAACACAUCGAAAAAUUUCAAACAACAUAAUGCGAAUAGAAAAAGAAAGAGCAUAAUACUUGAUCAAGAAAGUGAUUCUGGUCAUCAAUCCUUCAAUGAAUGCCUACAUUCAGAACCUGAAAUCACGAUGGUUGGUGACUUUCCUGCUGGCCGAUUCACAAACUACCCUCCAAUCAACCCAAGAAAAACAAGGGCCGAUAUUCAAUGAAGGGUGAGGUUCAAUGAGUGGAAAGUGUUAUAUUUUGAUGAAUAUAAUAUUCUGGAAGGUGGGUUGUGAUAUCCCACAAAAUAUCCUGAAAAGAAGAGUGGAAGAAGCGCGAGGGAAGAUCGAAUCAAGACGAAGAUAGAUUCUGAAAUGAUGCCCUGAAGUAAAUGAAGACAUACGUGGAUGGAGUACACUUCUAAAGUUAAAAAAUGUGGAUAUCGUGCGAGAAAAUGCGCGCCUUUAAAGGCGCAUAAACUUUCAAAGCAUAUGAAAAUUGCAAAACGACGAGAGAAGAAAAAGAGACUUCAUGAGAAAGAGAUGGUUGGUGACUUUUUAUUGGCCAACUCACCUCAAUUCAAAAAACCGCCUCCAAUCAACCCAAGGAAAACAUGGGCCGAUAUUCAAUGAGUGUGAAAGAGAUGGUUGGCGACUUUUCUGCUGGCCGAUUCACAAGCAAAAGGAAAACAAGGGCCGAGGUUCAAUGAGUGGAAAGUAUUAUAUUUUGAUGAAUAUAAUAUUCUGGGAGGUGGGUUGUGAUAUCCCACAAAAUAUCCUGAAAAGAAGAGUGGAAGAAAUGCGACGGAAGAUCAAAUCAAAGAAGAAGAUAGAGUCUGAAAUGAUGCCCUGAAUCGAAUGAAGACAUACGUGGAUAGAUUGCGAAUCGGAAUCAUUAAUGAAUGGAAAAUAUUAUAUUUCACAAAUAUAAAAAGCUGGGAGGCGCGCUUCAAUAAUCUUGAAGAAAAAGAAGGCACGCUAAGAAUAGGAGUGCUAUAUUUUAAUGAAUAUAAAUUGCUGGAGCUUAGAAUGCAAACCGGAAUGAUAAAUUGAAUGAAAAAUAUCUUAUUUUUAAACGAAUUGAAGAAAUCAAAAGAAUCGGGGAAUUCUAUGACAGAAAAGUGUCCUGAAUCAAAUGAAGACAUACGUGGAUGAAUGGAAAAUAUUUUAUUUCUACAAAUAUAAAAAGCUGGGAACUGUGCUCCAAUAAUCUUGAAGAAAAAGAAGGCACGCUAAGAAUAGGAGUUAUAUAUUUUAAUGAAUAUAAAUUGCUGGAGCUUAGAAUGCAAACCGGAAACAUAAAUUGAAUGAAAAAUAUUUUAUUUUUAAACGAAUUGAAGAAAUCAGAAAGAAUCGGAGAAUUCUACGACAGAAAAGUGUCCUGAAUCAAAUGAAGACAUACGUGGAUGAAUGGAAAAUAUUUUAUUUCACAAACAUAAAAAGCUGGGAGGUGUGCUCCAAUAAUCUUGAAGAAAAAGAAGGCACGCUAAGAAUAGGAGUGAUAUAUUUUAAUGAAUAUAAAUUGCUGGAGCUUAGAAUGCAAACCGGAAACAUAAAUUGAAUGAAAAAUAUUUCAUAUUUAAACGAAUUGGAAAAAUCAGAAAGAAUCGGAGAAUUUUACGACAGAAAAGUGUCCUGAAUCAAAUGAAGACAUACGUGGAUGAAACUCUCUGAAAGUGAAAUAAUCAAUGAAUGGAAAAUAUUUUAUUUGGAUAGAAUAUAAAAUGGUAAGUGAAAAAAUUCGAUAUUGGAUCCUGAAUGAAUAAUUCGACAUCUUUUAUAAUUUUAUAAUAAUUCAUUAUUUUUCUCUGUUCAAAUAAAUUUUUCUACCGCGUUUCUUUAAUAAUUUACAUUAGUUUCAUGUGAAAACCCAAAAGAUUGAUGUUCCGAUAAAAAAUCAAAGGUUGGUUUUGUUCUCUCAAUGUCCGUUCAAAUGAAGCAUUUUAUUUUUUUUCAGGUAUAAAUCAAAACUCGGAGGAGAAAAAAAAAGAUUUUUAUGGUAUUUGAGAAUCGUGACAUGCUGA